AUGCCCGAGCAAAUCCUGAAGAAAUUAGAAAGAGUAAUGGACGACUUCGUCCAAAUUAAAAAGGGCGAUCAGAAAGUAAACGCGAUAGGCAAAGAAACACUAAGACUCACAACCGAGAAAGGAGGAAAAAAAUUACUCGACAUAAAAUCGAGAAACGAGGCCAUAGAACUAAUGAAACUGCAUGUCAGGAACCGAAUUUCGGAGGCUUCGCACAAAGUGAAAUUCGCACCAAUCAUAACAACCAAAAACAUAAAAGAAGACAUGCCCUUCUGGUACCACCCGGGAACAGAACUGAAAAAGAGACUGUGUGAAAAUGACCGCAGCAGGAGCUGCGAAAACCCGAACACGUGCAGGAACAACGCGCACCAGAAACUCAGCUACCUGAUGCCAAAAUGGGACCCUAGAAAUGACGAACAGCCCCAGCCAGGUAACAAUCCUGCAGAAACAGAAACCAACGAGAUCCCAGCAAUAACAAUUGAAGAUCUACAAGACCUCCGGGGAGGAAACCUCACCCAACAUGUCUGUGUCUUCACCGAGAUAGUGUCAGGGUCGGAUACAGAGAGAGGAAGGAGGACUAAAUACCGGCGGGGGAAUCUACGGAAGAAUCAAGACGAAAUGACGAAGUCCAAGAAAGAAAGAAUAAGUCGAGAACCAGAACAAGAGAGGCAAAAUAAUACACAAGAAAAUCUAGAGUACUCGAGAACAACUACAACAACCAAUCGUAACCCGGCGGAUAAAAUCCGAGCAAGAACCGGAUCCAAGGGUUCCGGCACAGCCGUGAGGCCGCGCGCGCGCGCCAAAUCACGUGAUUACAAAGUCGCGCAUCAAAGUCAAGAACUGAACCGGCGGGCUGAAAUGAAGAACGAGACAGACUCGGACAAAGAAACCACCGUCUUCACCGACAGAUCGUGCUGGAUCGUGCUCGGAAAACGGAACAGCAAACGCGAAAGCAGGAGCCGGCCUCUGGUACAGGGAAAACAACGAGAAGAACAAGGCAAUAAGACUCCCAACCCACCUAAGCUCCAACAACGGAGGCGAACUAGUUGCGGCGAUGGUAGCCAUCCAAGAAAACAAAACUGCGAAAAACAUAAAAAUAGUCAGCAACUCCCAAUACACGAUAAACGCCAUAACAAAACACCUACCAGACUGGCUCGACAAGGGGUUCACCGGAAUAAAAAACACAAACAUCCUACGAGCCAUAACAGGCGAACUGAUCCAAACAGCGCAAAAAUAAUGCUCCGGAAAGUGAAGGGCCACAGCGGGGACACCGGAAACGAUGGAGCCGACGCCAAAGCAGCGGAGGGAGCAAAUAAACCAACUCCCGAUGGGAUAGACCUAAAAGCAGGCCAAAAUAUACGGAAACUAGGCAUCAACAUCAACCGGUGUACCCAAUCCCUCCUAUACAAGGCCAUGGCCCAUUAG